AUGAAAGACAAAAAUCUGGAUUCUGGAGGUCAGGUCAAUGGAAUCCGUGCCGAGCGAUCCUACAUGCGUCAAGUGUGUGCUUACGUGCAACAAGACGACUGCUUCAUUGGAAGUCUUACGGUAGAAGAGCAUCUCCGAUUCAUGGCUAAACUCAAAAUGGGAUCGGAAUACAGUUCAGAAGAACAGGAUCGCCGAGUUCGGAGUGUCAUGAGAGAUCUCGGUCUUCAAAAAAUCGCCAACUCAAUCAUCGGCACCCGUACACGCAAAGGAAUCUCGGGCGGUGAGAAGAAACGACUCGCUUUCGCUUCUGAAAUUCUGACGUCUCCGCCGAUUCUGAUUUGUGAUGAGCCGACGUCCGGACUGGAUUCAUUCUUGGCCUAUCAGGUGGUCUGUGUGCUGAAAAAGUUGGCAGCUACACGGAAUAUGACUAUUCUUUUGACGAUUCAUCAGCCAUCCUCACAGGUUUUUGCACAAUUUGAUAGUGUCUACAUGAUGGUGAAUGGAAGCGUGGCGUUCUGCGGAAGCCAAUUAGCAGCCGAGAAGAUGUGGGCGGAGCUAAGUCUACCAAUACCGAUGAAUUUCAAUCCAUCGGAUCACUAUCUGGCAACAAUGUCAGUUCGAGAUCCGAAAGAGGAAGUGAUGAAAAUGAAUCAGAUUCAGAGAAUUUGUGAUACUUUCAAGUAUUCAGAGAAUGGAAAAUCAGUUUUCAAGGAGUCGAGUGGAAGAGAAGUUGAUGAAAGAGACCGUGCAUACAGUGAAGACUGGCGUCGUCGCUACGCUUCAAACUUCGGACGCCCGGUAUUCGGUGCCUCGUUUUUCCAGCAAAUCAGAGCUCUUACAUGGAGAGCAUCGAAGACGGUGCUCCGCGAACCGACACUUUUCAAAGUUCAAAUAUUUCAAAGUAUCAUAAUUGCAAUUCUGACUGGAUUGAUCUACACGAAUAAUAGUCCGAUCGAUCAACGGAAGAUUAUGAAUAUCAAUGGAUCGCUGUACCAGAUGAUCUCGAAUAUGGCAUUCAUGUUUCAGUUCAGUGUUGUUCAUCAUUUCUGUCUCGAAAUGAACACUUUCUACCGAGAAUCCAGCUCCCGUCUCUACCGUGUCUCUGCCUAUUUCAUUUCCAAAAAUCUCGCCGAACUCCCAUCUUACACCAUAUGUGCAAUCCUAUUCACCUCAAUUCUCUACUGGAUGUCUGGUCUUGUUCCAUUGAUUGACUCAUUUUUAAUCUAUAUUCUCGUCGGAAUGCUCGUUCAAAACAUUGCUAUUUCCAUCGGAUACCUAUUCAGUUGUGCAUUUGGAACUGUCAAUUUGGCGGUUGCCGUCAUGCCGAUUUUCGUCGUUCCAAUGAUGGCUUUCGGAGGAUUUUUCAUUAAUCAAGAUACUCUCAAAUGGUAUUUUGUUCCGAUGAAAUAUCUUUCCUACUUUGGAUAUGGAUAUGAAGCAGUCGCUAUUGGACAAUGGACACAUGUUGAGGAGAUUCCUGGCUGCACCUCCCAGGAAUACUGUGCUCGUAAUGGAACCGAAGUUCUCUCGAAUCUCAGUUUCAAACAAUCCAAUUUCUGGACUGACAUCGGAGUGAUGGCAUUUAUGAUCUUCGCUUUCCGAUUCCUUGCCUUCCUCGCCCUCUAUAUCCGUGUCAAACGUCGGACUUGA